UUGGUCCCUAAGAGGAGAAGGAUCUGGAGUUUCAUGGAGUCAUGAGAUUUUAUUUUCAAGAUAAAGCUGCUGGAAACUUCGCAACAAAAUGCAUUCGGGUAUCUAGCACAGCAACCACUCAAGAUGUGAUUGAAACACUGGCAGAGAAGUUCCGCCCUGACAUGCGCAUGCUGUCCUCUCCCAAGUAUUCCCUCUAUGAAGUGCAUGUCAGUGGAGAAGAAAGAAGAUUAGACAUUGAUGAGAAACCUCUAGUUGUGCAGUUGAAUUGGAACAAGGACGAUCGGGAAGGGAGAUUCGUCCUUAAGAAUGAGAAUGACGCCAUUCCUGCCAAGAAGGCUCAGAGUAAUGGACCAGAGAAGCAGGACAAAGAAGGCGUUAUUCAGAACUUCAAAAGAACUCUCUCAAAGAAAGAAAAGAAGGAAAAAAAGAAGAGAGAAAAAGAGGCGCUGAGACAAACCUCUGAUAAGGAAGAAAGGCCUUCUCAAGGGGAUGACAGUGAGAAUUCUCGACUGGCUGCUGAAGUUUACAAAGACAUGCCUGAAACCAGCUUUACUCGGACAAUUUCUAAUCCUGAGGUAGUGAUGAAACGGCGGCGGCAGCAAAAGCUUGAAAAGAGAAUGCAGGAGUUUCGGAGCUCCGAUGGGCGGCCUGACUCAGGUGGGACGUUGAGAAUAUAUGCAGACAGUUUAAAACCCAAUAUUCCAUACAAGACAAUCCUGCUGUCUACUACAGAUUCUGCAGACUUUGCUGUAGCAGAGUCUUUGGAGAAGUAUGGUCUGGAAAAAGAGAAUCCCAAGGACUACUGCAUUGCCCGGGUUAUGCUUCCUCCUGGAGCCCAGCAUUCUGAUGAAAGAGGUGCUAAGGAAGUUAUUCUUGAUGAUGAUGAGUGUCCUUUACAAAUCUUCAGGGAAUGGCCAAGUGACAAAGGGAUUUUAGUCUUUCAAUUGAAAAGGAGACCGCCGGACUACAUCCCAAAGAAAAUGAAGAAGCAUGUUGAAGGGAAGCCGCUGAAGGGGAAGGAUAGAGCUGACGGGUCUGGCUAUGGUUCUGUUCUUCCUCCUGAGAAGCUACCCUACUUAGUAGAGUUAAGCCCAGGGAGAAGGAAUCACUUUGCCUACUACAGCUAUCACACUUACGAAGACGGCUCUGACUCUAGAGACAAGCCAAAGUUAUACCGCCUUCAACUAAGUGUGACUGAAGUUGGGACAGAGAAAUUCGAUGACAAUUCCAUCCAGCUGUUUGGCCCAGGAAUUCAGCCUCAUCACUGUGAUCUCACUAACAUGGAUGGGGUGGUCACUGUGACACCCAGAAGUAUGGAUGCAGAGACCUAUGUGGAUGGCCAGCGCAUCUCAGAGACCACCAUGCUGCAGAGUGGCAUGAAAGUGCAGUUUGGCACUUCCCAUGUGUUUAAGUUUGUGGACCCCAUCCAGGACCACGCCCUUUCGAAGAGAUCUGUGGAUGGAGUCCUGAUGGUCAAGGGCCCAAGACAUAAACCUGGAGCCGUUCAGGAGACAACCUUUGAUUUGGGAGGAGAUAUUCACAGUGGGACAGCAUUGCCAGCAAGCAGGAGCACUACUAGACUGGACAGUGACAGGGUGUCCUCUGCCUCCAGCACGGCUGAGCGAGGGAUGGUGAAGCCAAUGAUCCGACUGGACCAGGAGCAGGAUUAUCGCCGAAGAGAAAGCAGAACUCAGGAUGCAGCUGGGCCUGAACUGAUACUGCCUGCCAGCAUUGAAUUCAGGGAAAGCUCGGAAGAUUCUUUCUUAUCUGCCAUCAUAAACUAUACCAACAGCUCCACGGUGCACUUUAAGCUGUCACCCACGUAUGUGUUGUACAUGGCGUGCCGGUACGUGUUGUCCAGCCAGCACAGGCCCGACAUCAGCCCUACAGAGCGCACCCACAAGGCCAUUGCUGUGGUCAACAAGAUGGUGAGCAUGAUGGAAGGGGUCAUUCAGGAAGUAGACCAGGUUGAUCAGAAACAAAAGAACAUUGCAGGGGCACUUGCUUUCUGGAUGGCAAAUGCAUCUGAACUUCUCAACUUCAUCAAGCAGGACCGUGACCUUAGUCGGAUCACACUAGAUGCCCAGGAUGUUUUAGCACACUUGGUUCAGAUGGCAUUUAAGUACUUGGUUCACUGUCUCCAGUCAGAACUUAAUAACUUCAUGCCAGCCUUUCUGGAUGAUCCUGAGGAGAACAGUCUGCAAAGGCCAAAAAUAGAUGAUGUGCUGCAUACACUCACAGGAGCCAUGUCCUUGCUGAGGCGCUGCAGAGUCAAUGCUGCCUUGACCAUCCAGCUAUUCUCUCAGCUUUUCCAUUUUAUCAAUAUGUGGCUGUUCAACAGAUUGGUGACUGACCCAGACUCAGGCCUGUGUUCCCACUACUGGGGAGCAAUCAUCCGCCAGCAGCUAGGGCACAUUGAAGCCUGGGCAGAGAAGCAGGGGCUAGAGCUGGCAGCUGAUUGUCACUUGAGCAGGAUUGUGCAGGCUACUACUUUGCUUACCAUGGAUAAGUAUGUACCCGAUGACAUUCCAAAUAUAAACAGCACAUGCUUUAAGUUAAAUUCUCUACAACUUCAAGCCUUAUUACAGAAUUACCACUGUGCACCUGAUGAGCCUUUUAUUCCCCCGGAUCUCAUAAAGAAUGUCGUGGCUGUUGCUGAGAACACAGCUGAUGAGCUCGCCCGCAGUGAUGGCCGAGAUGUGCAGCUGGAGGAGGACCCAGAUCUGCAACUACCUUUUCUUUUGCCAGAAGAUGGCUAUUCCUGUGAUGUCGUCAGAAACAUUCCUAAUGGUUUACAAGAAUUUUUAGACCCUCUGUGCCAGAGAGGAUUUUGCAGGUUGAUUCCUCAUACACGUUCACUGGGUACUUGGACGAUAUAUUUUGAAGGUGCAGAUUAUGAAAGUCACCUUAUGCGUGAGAACACAGAACUGGCCCAGCCUCUGAGGAAGGAGCCUGAGAUAAUCACUGUGACCCUAAAAAAGCAGAAUGGAAUGGGCCUCAGCAUUGUUGCAGCGAAGGGUGCUGGCCAGGAUAAACUGGGAAUCUACGUGAAGUCUGUUGUGAAAGGAGGCGCUGCGGAUGUGGAUGGACGUUUAGCUGCUGGUGACCAGCUCCUCAGUGUGGAUGGACGAAGUCUGGUUGGACUUUCUCAGGAAAGGGCAGCAGAACUCAUGACAAGAACCAGUUCGGUGGUCACACUUGAAGUUGCAAAGCAAGGCGCCAUCUAUCACGGCCUGGCCACCCUCCUUAACCAGCCAUCCCCCAUGAUGCAGAGAAUUUCAGAUCGUCGUGGCUCAGGUAAACCCAGACCAAAGAGUGAAGGUUUUGAACUCUAUAAUAAUUCAGCUCAGAACGGCUCCCCGGAGAGUCCUCAACUGCCUUGGACAGAGUACAGUGAGCCAAAGAAACUCCCCGGUGACGACAGGCUGACGAAAAACAGAGCCGAUCACCGCUCCAGCCCCAAUGUGGCAAAUCAGCCUCCUAGCCCUGGAGGGAAGAGUCCAUACGCCUCUGGAACAGCAGCUAAGAUAACAUCUGUCUCCACUGGAAACCUCUGCACUGAGGAGCAGACCCCUCCACCUAGACCUGAAGCCUAUCCCAUCCCUACUCAGACAUACACCAGAGAGUAUUUUACCUUUCCAGCUUCAAAAUCCCAGGAUCGUAUGGCUCCUCCUCAGAACCAGUGGCCAAAUUAUGAGGAAAAGCCACACAUGCACCCAGAAAGUAAUCAUUCCAGUAUUGCAAUCCAGCGUGUUACCCGUUCCCAGGAAGAGCUUCGAGAAGAGGUUUACCAACUUGAGCGGCAUCGAGUAGAGGCUGGCUUGGAUCGCAAGUGUGACAGUGAUUUGUGGAUUAAUCAGAGCUCCUCCGUGGAUUCCAGCACAUCCAGCCAGGAGCACCUGAACCAUUCCUCCAAGUCAGUCACCCCGGCUUCCACUCUGACGAAAAGCGGUCCUGGGCGGUGGAAAACCCCAGCAGCGGUACUGCCUACCCCUGUCGCUGUCUCCCAGCCCAUUCGAACAGACCUACCUCCACCACCCCCUCCACCUCCUGUCCACUAUACCAGUGAUUUUGAUGGCAUUCCCGUGGAUUUGCCCCUCCCACCUCCUCCUGCCAACCAGGUAGGACCCCAGUCUGCUCAGGCGGCUGCUGCAGAGCGGAAAAAGAGAGAAGAGCAUCAGCGGUGGUAUGAGAAAGAGAAGGCCCGCCUCGAGGAGGAACGGGAGAGGAAGCGCAGGGAGCAGGAGCGGAAGUUGGGGCAGAUGCGCACGCAGUCCCUGAACCCCGCUUCCUUCUCUCCUUUGGCCACACAGGCCAAGCCAGAAAAGCCCUCCACACUGCAGCGGCCCCAAGAAACAGUCAUUCGGGAGCUGCAGCCCCAGCAGCAGCCCCGCACGAUUGAGCGCAGGGACCUGCAGUACAUCACCAUCAGUAAAGAAGAACUGUCCUCUGGUGAUAGUCUCUCUCCAGACCCCUGGAAACGAGAUGCCAGGGAGAAGCUGGAGAAGCAGCAGCAGAUGCACAUUGUGGACAUGCUGAGCAAGGAGAUCCAUGAGCUGCAGAGCAAGGUGGACCGCACUGCAGAGGAGAGUGACCGCCUGCGGAAGCUAAUGCUGGAGUGGCAGUUCCAGAAGAGACUGCAGGAGUCCAAGCAGAAGGAUGAGGAUGAUGAGGAAGAGGAAGAUGAUGAUGUGGACACCAUGCUGAUCAUGCAGCGUCUGGAGGCCGAGCGGAGAGCCAGGCAGACUGCUAUGCCAGCAAUCUCUGUUCUAGAUUUGUUGCAGGAUGAGGAGCGCAGGCGCCAGCAGCAGUUGGAAGAGAUGCGCAAACGAGAAGCAGAAGACCGAGGAAGACAAGAGGAAGACCGGCGCCAUCAGGAGGAGGAGCGAGUCAAGAGAGACGCUGAAGAAAAGAGGCGCCAGGAAGAAGGGUAUUACAGCCGCCUAGAAGCCGAGAGGCGCAGACAGCACGACGAGGCAGCACGCAGGGUGCUGGAGCCCGAAGAGCCUGGGCUGAGCCGACCUCCGCUUCCACGGGACUAUGAGCCCCCAUCCCCGUCCCCAGCACCCAGCGCCCCUCCUCCCCCACCGCAACGGAACGCCUCCUACCUCAAAACACAGGUCCUCUCCCCAGACUCGCUGUUCACUGCCAAGUUUGUUGCGUAUGAUGAUGAUGAGGAGGAGGACUGCGGCCCAGCAGGACCACACUCUUACACGGGAUCUGCUGGGACAGCUGUGGGAGCCCAUGAUGCUCCUUGGGACCCAAGAGAGAAGCACACUAGAAGCCAAGAUGCAGACUUACCUGGCAGUUCUGGAGCCCCUGAAAACCUGACAUUUAAAGAGCGUCAGCGCCUGUUUUCACAAGGUCAAGAUGUGUCUGACAAAGUAAAAGCGUCUCGUAAAUUAACAGAACUGGAGAAUGAACUGAACACCAAGUGAGAGGACAGAAGGGCACUGUGCUCACACGAGUCUGCCCUGGGCAGUGGUUUAUGGGGUGAGCCUGAGGAGGAGGGGAAAGUUCUGUGUCUAAGUGAUUUCUCAUUUCUGUUUCUAAAAUGGUUGCAAGUUAGAGAUGUUCCAGUUCUAAGAAAUCUUGUUUUACUUUACCAAGAAAAUCCUGCCUAGUUCUCAUUGAUUUGACUCACAUGAAGUUAUCUUUUUUUGUUAGCUUCUUUGGGGAGUCUUGGGCUCACAGGGCAGAGUGAAGGGCAGUAAAGAUCACAGGGUAUUUCCUCUACCCUCUCUUCCCAUCAUCAUUCCAAGGACAGUAGGCCAAGAAAUGAUCUUUCUGUUCUUUCUCAAAACUCCACUUGGCUACCAGACAGUGACAGCUGAAGAACACAGGCCAUUGCUGUGUCCUAGUGGAGCCUGUGUUCAGGAGACACAGGACCUGGAGCUGCCUCCUCCCUAGCCCCAGGGCAGAUGUCCCCACUGUCCCUUCUGUAAUGUGCAUUCAGUGGCUAGAUGGAGUUUCUCAUGUAAGGUGCACAGCACAUCAGUCUUGACAGAUGUGAGCCUCCUGAUCAAUACUAAAUGUUGGAGAUUGAGUAUCUAAUUAAUAAUUCAAUUUUGAAAAUUCUCAAAAUUUUAAAGAUUUAAUCUUAGGGGAUGUUAUUUUCAUAAAUACCAAAUCAUCAUUAGACUAAUCAAUGGUGAAAAUUAAAGAUGAUGGUUAUGUUAGGAAGUUACCUAGUAUUUCAGAUAUUCCAAAGGAUCUAGAGUUCUCUAGCUAAACAGCGUUCGUGUAGUAGGAGCAAAGACAUCUGAGGAGAGUGGGAGCUCACAGGUGGCCGUCAAUCACGGCUGUCAGAAAUUUAAAUUCAGGAGAGGAGGAUGUGUGUGGGUUCACUGUCAGAAAGGGAGGAGUCGGUUCCUGUGCCAUCCGAAUUGAAAUACUGUAAGCAUAACCUGUGGUGGUUGACUCUGCGUUUCUUUCACAGCAUAAUGGAGUUUAAUUUUAAGUUGUGGAUUGUGCUGCCCUUCCUCCAGCUGAGUGUGAGAGACAAAGAUCAGUUGUUCAUUUUUGUGUGAAAGCAAGCUUUAUGAUUUCAAGCACACUUCCUGUUUGACAAAGCCCUAAUGUGGGUCCAGACGAUCUUUCUGUACCAUCCUGUCCUCUUACAGAUCUGUACAUUAGGAAAAUAGGCACACUUUCAAAUAGAACAGAGGCAUUUGCAGCCCUAAAAACCACUUUUAAUAAGAACUGUAUGAUAAAUUGUUGAAAUACAAGUGUAAAUAGUUUUUAUGUCUAUCAAGCUUCCUAUUUGAAAUUGUGCCUUUGCUGUUUCCUCUGUAAGAGAAUCGAAUGGUCCUGAGAGUUAGUGAAGGAUUUGCACACUUGCCUUGCCUAGGAAGUGCAAUCUCCUUGUGUCUGGAGCACACUGGCAGCCUUUGGGUGGCACAGCCACACCUCCCAGAGAAGAGCAGACACCUGCUGUGGCUUGUACCUGGGAAGACAGAUGCACACACGAACCUGCAAACAUCCGAAAAAGCUGCACGUGUGUCUGUGAACUCAGUGAAAUAGCCUUGGCCAUCCCUGGACAGUGAGGUCCAAUGUGAACAUGUGUUGUAAGAGCACGUUACAGACGUGUGUUACUGUGGGGAAACACCCAAACUGCUGUUGUUUCCACUUCUACUGUAUUUCAGUUGCAGCCUAUUUUUAAUAAACUUUGUAUCUAUUUAAGUGUACUUGCUAUUGUUUUCAAAGUGCUGACAAAGUUUAUAUUUGUAAGGCCAGCCUUCCUCUCCCCCAUUUCCAUCUGUCACUACUUCAUUAAACAAUGCUGAGUGUCA